AUGGAUAAUAAUCAAUAUAUUAGGUGUGCUUCAUGGUUUGAAGCAAUUCAGCAGCCAAGGCUACCACACCAUACUUUCGAAUUUUGCCACAAAAAUUUAAGAGUAUGCUCCCAACACUUUGAGCCAAAAGACAUUUCGACAAAUAAAAUUCGAAAACGGCUUCACCCUGAUGCUGUUCCAGUUUUUGGCCUUUGUGUAAGAGCACCAGAAUCUGCACCUAUUGUUCCAGUUGCUGAUACCCUUCCACAAGCACUUCCAGAGCCUUUUAUUCUCAUAGAUGUUUUGGAUGAACCUAAUACUAAUACUGGUAAUGUUUCUCAUCAGUUUGAGCCACAGCCUUCCACCUCCACUGCAAAAAAUGACUCACCAUUUAAAGUUAACAAACGUAGAAGAAAGAACAUAGACAGUUGCGAGGAUGAUUCAACUAGUGAUUCCAGUAAACUCAUAGGAAUGCCGAUAGAUGAUCGCGGAGCUUCUAGACACCUUCAAUGUCAGUCAGACGAGAACAUGUCAGAUUCCGAUUCCGUAAUUAACAUCAUCAAACACGAAAUUGACAUCCCAGAAUAUGUUCCAGACUUGCAAGAAGCCGAAACAAUAAUGAUCAAAGACGAUGAGGAUGAUGAUGAUGAUAGUAAUCUGUCUACAUACAAUAUUGAAGAAAUAAAUAUUAAAGAAGAACCCAUCAACGAGCAAAAUAAUUUUGACGAUCGGCAUCCUGUAGAUGUUUUUUGCAAAAGCGUGGCUUUAUCAUUGAAAAGUUUAAGAAAGGAUUUGUGCAACGAGGGUAAAAUUCGAAUUAUGCAACUGAUCUCUGAGCUAGAGCAACGAAAUUCUUUGCCCAACGAAGGCCCUUGUACCAGUAAAAGUAUGAACAAUCGCGCUGAACCAACUAGUACUGUAACAAACUAUUUAGUUCCAAAAAAAGAACUUGACUGAUAGAAUUCGUUUUUUUUUUGAAUAUUAACUAAAGUUUCUUUUGUACGGAAAUUGAUUGUUUAUUUUUCAAAUAAAAUUAUUUUUCAUUUCUUCCUAAUCUUGUUUUUUUAUUCUGUCAACAUGUCUGUUCACUGAAUAUCCAAUAGGCGUUUUAUUAAGCAAUGUAGGAUCCUCAAUUUCCAUUCCAGGGGGGUAUUCGUCUCGCAUUUCCGCAGUUUGGAAGCUGGUCGGUUCUUCGUUGUUUGUAUAACCUUGGUUAAGUAGUCGUUCAAAGUACUCUUUCCAUGUUUGCAGCAUUUGAUCUUGCCUGGUUACUAG